AUGGAGCUAGUAGGGGUUGUGGCUCGAAACUUAUGGUUUUGUCGAAAUGUAGUGGUCUAUGGGAAACCUAAUAGCCCGUAUAAUACAGUGGUAAGUAAUGCUUCUAACUCAUUGACAUCGUUUAAAGAUGCAAAUUUUCAAAAAUUAGCAGGAACAGUAGGAAAAAAUGGGGAGUUAAGAUGGAAAGUUCAUAUGGAUGGUUUUGUUAAAGUCAAUUGGGAUGCAGCUGUGGAGAAUACCAAAAAGAAAAUGGGUAUUGGUGUUAUAAUCAGAGAUAGCAAAGGUGAAGUUGCAAAGGCAAUGGCAGCUUUAAUGGCUGAAAACUUUAGUCGCAAAUUGGGCUUCUAUAAGGUUAUUUUGGGAGGUGAUGCUCUCCAAAUAGUGCAGGCACUGGGAAAAGAGGGAAGUAAUUGGUGCAUAUAUGGCCAUCUAAUUGAGGAGACAAGGGAGGUAUUGCUUAGUAUGCAGAGCUGGAAGGUCCAUCAUGUUAGGCGUAAUCUAAAUGGUGCGGCUCAUCGACUUGCGAAUGUAGCUUUAUCUCUGAGUGAGGCCCAUGUUUGUUUUGAGGAAACUCCCCAUUGUAUUUCUGAUAUUACUUUAUUUUUUUUGACAUGUCCAUACAAGAGGGGAGAGGGGUGA